AUGAAUUCCAACAAGUCCCUUGUCGAUCAGGCCAAGGAGUCCGUCGACCAGACCUCCAAGACAGCAGGCUCCUACGCCGACUCGGCCCAGAAGAAUCUGCAGCAGACUGCGGACCAGACUUCCAAGACGGCCAGCUCUUACACCGACUCCGCUCAGAAGAACCUGCAGCAGACUGCGGACCAGACAUCCAACACUGCCAGCUCUUACACCGAUUCGGCCCAGAAGAAUCUCCAGCAGACGGCCGACCAGACUUCCAAGACAGCCAGCUCUUAUGCCGAUUCGGCCCAGAAGAAUAUGCAGCAGACAGCCGAGCAGGCUUCCAAGAGUGCUCAGGAGACCGCAAACCAGACUCAGGCGGCGGGUGCAAGUUACCUCGCUACAGCGGGACAAUACGUGGCCGCUGGUCUCGAGCAAGCCGGCCAGGUUAUCGGCAAUGCCGGCGACAGCAUGGGAGGGCAGGGCUCGGCGAUUGCAGGUUACGCACACGCAGCUGAGAAAACUGCAAAAGAUGCCGCCGAACAAGUACAGCAUGCCACCACUAAGAAGUGA